AGGAAGCUGCCCCACCAAAGGGGCCCUCUGGAAAACAGGGCUUCCUGUCCCCCCAUGAGAGGGCUGGCAGCAAGGGCAGAAGCCUGGCCCUGCCCCGGACAGCUCCCCGUGCCCGACGGAUGCCCAGAAAAUGCAUGGUGGUGGCGACUGAGCCCAAAGGCAGAAGCUGAACAACAAUGGUGGGACCAGGAAGGCUCCCCGUUCACAGGAAAUGCUCAGUGUGUCAGCAUCGUCGGAGGGCCGUGCGAGGUCACGGGCAUCGGUGACCAUGCUGCUCACGCGCGGCAGCUCCCAUUCAAUGUGACGGCUUUUUUGAUAAACUGGUCCUUGUUGGGGGAGGGGAGCCAGGGGACUGGGAAAGUGGCCUACAAAUGUUUAACAAAAGAUCUGAACCGGGAAUAGGAACGUACAUUCUUUUUUUCAAUAGACAAAGCCUUCCACAUCAAGAUAGGUUUGUAUUCUCAGACAAGAAUUCCAUGAUAACGCUUAACUCAUGAGAACUAGCUCUCCGGCGGACAGGCCCACCAGCCCUGCGUGACCUCUGAUGAACAUACAUCAACGAGCCCUGGGGGCAACCCUGGCAAGGGCCACGGGCACCCCCAGACACGACCACCGGGCCUGCAGCACUGAGCCGAAGCCACCGGCUCAAGAGCAACGGCCCCAGGGAGGAAAGGGACCCCUGCUCAGGGAGGGCCUACACUGGGCAGAGGGGGGCAGGCACUCCUCCACCUGCACGGAAUGUUCUAGAACCCCAGAGCCACGGGAAGGUAGGGAGUGCAAUGAAGGGCAGGGAGCAGCAACUGGCGUUUUCAGGUGAGGAUGAACAAGCCCCACGUGUGUGCACACAAGCCCUUCCCAGAGGUCCAGAAGCCCACCGCCAACCAGGCUGCUCUCAGGGGCGUCCCCAGCACCCAGGCUGUGCUCCCCACGUGUGCUCCUUCACCACAGCGCUAAAGAGUGGGCUCGGGUACCCAGAGGGUGCAGCCCCCACCUGGGCGGGCUGUGGGGGGUGCGGGUCCCCUCGAGGUCAGGGACGGAGAGGAAAGUGGUCAGUUCAUGCUCCCUGUGGGUGGAUGAUAAAGAAGUUUGCCCGAGGGGUUCUCUGGGGCUCACUGUGCCACGUCACAACGCGCUAUUCUGAACAGAGGCAGCAGUUUGGAAAUGGUGUCCUUCAAACUUACUGGGGGGCACUGAAUUCCUGCCCCGUCACACAUCCUCAGAGGAGACUCACCUCGGGGUUCUGCAUUGUCUUUCUUCUGGUAAAACAAGCACUCCCCAGCCCCUGCACUGGCUCUGAAGCUGGGCUGUUUCCAGGGAAUAAAGGUGCACAGCGCCCACCAGCCCCGCACUGGGGGCUCCCAACGCCUCCGUGCUGGGGGUACUGGUCCUAUUUUAAAGGAGGAGGAGACUCAACAGCCCACCUGGAUGCACUUGGCGGGUCACUGAGCCUCUGGAAAGCCAGGGGCGCGAACCUCCCACUGCCCUGGUGCCCAGCUGCUGUGGGCCCUUUCCUUCCCGGAAGCGCCUCAGGAGCACAGCCCCCUGCCAGCUGGAGCACCAGCUGCUCUCGCCCCAACCACCAGCACAACCACCCACCUCACAGCUCUAAAGUACACACUGCAACAAGCAAGCAUCUUCGUGAUGGCACAGCCAUGUUACCUUAUCGGUACAAGAAAUCACAAGGCGCUUGGCCUAAGAUUCUAGAAGCUUCCCGAAGUGCAUGAAAUGCAGCUAAUCCCGCAGCCAGGCCUAAGCUCCUGGGUCAGGACAGUUGCAAUCUGUGGCCACCUCUCAGAGCUACACGGCUUCCAGAAGCCAACAGCUGCCCGCCCACCAAGAGGACCCUGGCCUCGGAGGUGGAUAAAGAUUCUUCAAAUUCAACAUGUGCAGAAUCUAUACCCUGAUUCGUGGCUCCAAAUCUAGUCCCCCUCGGGGGUCCCCCAACUCAGGAAAAAGGCCACCAU